CACGGCGAUUACGUAAACUGUCAAAAUAUUACAACUUUUAUUCCUUUCCGAUUACGAGCCACGGGGAUUCGCAUUCGGUGUUGCAGGAAUCCCUUUACAAAAGCAACCGUGGAUGUAAAAUAAUUCCGGUUGUGAAGGAGAGAUAGUUUGUAAGAGCAAAUUACAACACCGGUGUCAAGUCUAGUGUCGACCAGUCAGAGGUCAUCAUGGCAGCCGUUGGAAGGAUAUGUGCUGGUGCAGGCCUUUUAAAGAACAAUAGUCUUUUAGCAAAUCAAAUUAGUGCAUAUUCCACGACUAGGGAAUGGACGAAAGGACGUAAGGCCAUCUUGGCCACUAUUGGCGCAAUCGCUGGAGGCGCUGGUGCGCUUGCAUUGGCUCUGGAUCAAUCCGUGAAGGCGUCCGAUUUGGAAUUGCAUCCCCCAAAGAACCCCUGGAGUCAUCAAGGCAUCUUCUCGUCGCUGGACCAUGCCAGCGUACGCCGCGGUUACGAAGUGUACAAGCAGGUGUGCUCGGCUUGCCACUCGUUGCGCUUCAUUGCCUACCGCAACUUGGUUGGUGUGACUCACACUGAAGAUGAAGCCAAGGCCGAAGCCGAGGAGGUAAUGGUGACCGACGGACCGGAUGAUACCGGCGCCAUGUUCCAAAGACCUGGCAAACUGUCAGAUUACAUCCCAGGACCUUAUCCCAAUGAGGAAGCCGCGCGUGCUGCCAACAACGGUGCUUACCCACCCGAUCUUAGCUACAUUGUAUCUGCCAGACACGGAGGCGAGGACUACAUUUUCUCCCUGUUGACUGGUUAUUGCGAUGCGCCUGCCGGCGUCGUUCUGCGUGAAGGUCAGAACUACAACCCAUACUUCCCUGGCGGCGCCAUUUCCAUGGCACAGGUGCUUUACAAUGAGGUGAUUGAGUACAGCGACGGCACACCAGCCACUGCCAGCCAAUUGGCAAAGGACAUCGGUACGUUCUUGAAGUGGACCGCUGAACCAGAGCACGACGAUCGCAAGUUGAUGACAGUGAAGGCGAUCGGCAUCUUCACGUUCCUUGCGGCCGCUUCAUACUACAUGAAGCGUCACAAGUGGUCAGCGCUCAAAUCGCGCAAGAUCGAAUUCUAUCCGAAACGAAAAUAAGGAACUAAAUUUUAAACGAUAUUUGGUGACGACGUGGGCGCGAACCGCACCGAGCGUGGUUCGUUCCGACGGUGGUCCCGCAUCCCUAGAUCAAUAUCUUUAGCAUGGCCCGUUUCAGACUACCAUUGAAAUAGUGUAAUUGUGGAUAAUCGCUUUCCCCUUUUACGGGGGCUGCGAAUAUCGUCCUCAUUCAUUUUAAGUAUGUUACCACACGAACAGUGUACGACUCUAUUUUGUUCUCUUUAUACAUCUGUUAUCAGUACGUUUGGCUCUUAACUUAUAAAUUAUUAAUUAAUUAUGUACAUACAAUUAGGUGAGAUUAUAAUAAAAGCCACGCAAAACACAACCGCUGCGGAUUGCACUCGAUAGAAUACUAAUACUAAUACCAAGACUUUUGUUUCGCUAUAAUUUAUGAAAAGUAUGUGCAUUGCAAUCCAACUUAACCGAAGGGGUCUGUUAUAACACACUAUAAAGGCCAAGGACGAAAUGGCUGCCAUGUAAUUUGUUACGAUAAUAAAACGUAGCAUCUACCUGGA